ACCAGUAUCGUUGUGACAACCAAUUCCCUACUUUUUCUCUUAGUGUCCAAAGGAUAUAUCCACAGACAUGUUUGCCCGUCUUUGUAGGCGCUUUGGGAGAGUUGAUGUUGAUAGAGAAGAGUCUAGAGUGAAGCAAACGAAACCUAAAGAGGCCUGCAGACAGACGUCAUCCCCUGAAAAUGUCCUAAACAAGGUGCAGGCCAACGAGGAAGAGGAGAGGCUGAAUAGAGAACUGGAGCUAACUACCAAGGAGAGAAAUGAGCUGACAGAUCGCCUCCUUUAUGUGACAGGUGGAUCCAUGAGCAAGAGCCCCUACUUCAGGCCAAAUCCAUUUUAUGAAAACUUGAAGAUAAAGGAGAAAGAGGUCAUGUCAUUACUGCACAACUUAGACACAAAGAACAUUGAACAUCGUGAGAAAUUUCUGGAGCUCAAGAAGGAGAUUAACUUCUAUCGGUAAGUACUGGUCAGAAGGGCCCAUCACUUGUGGAAUGGCCAUGUCUGCCUCUCUUUGUUCUGGACCGGAGGGUCUGCAGCUCUGGGUCCAUCUCUUCUGCUGUUUAAAUAUCACUGUGCCGUGGGUCUUUUGGACUCAGUUUCAGUUCCAUAAGAGACUGUCAGUUAUCACCACAGUGUCUAUGCAUCUUUAGAAGGCUCUGGAUAGAACUACACUGAUUCAGGCAUCAGAGUGUUAUUAGGCCAACCUGC